AUGGCGGGAACAAGACCCAAGAGGCUCACACCGGCCAACCAAACACAGGAAUCGGCUACAAACAGGGUCAUAUUACACGAGAAGCCGACACUAGUCAAGGGGGUGAUUGACUACCUGUACACACUGGACUACAAGGUGGAACUCCCUCCACCAGCAACAAACCUCCCUCAGCAACCAGAUGGAGAAAAAGCCCGAGAUAACCAAGAAAUGUCUACCCACAUGCCCGAAGAUGCAGGAGCAGCAUGGGAUAUCCUGUCAUUUCACAUACUGAUCGAAUGUUCAUCCACGGGCUCAAGGUCCUCUCGAAGGAAAACGUGGCAAAAGAGCUGGCGCGGCCGCUCUACGCGAGGGCGUUCCCACAUGCGAUCUAUGAAAUAUACAACCCAACACCCUCAAGUGACUGAGACCUACGAGACCUGGCAGUGGGAAUUACUAUGGAAAACCUCAUAA